AUGGAAUUCUCAUACAUAGUGGAACGAUCUGUGGAGGACGCUAACAGCAUUAAGAUUGACAACGCCUAUCGCUUCGUAGCCCAAUCCGCUAUGUGUGUGGGCAUCAAGGCCGAGGACGGCGUUCUCUUAGCCGCUGAACGUGAAUUUGUAGGUUCUAGUGUCGCGACUGCACCCCAUUCCACAUAUUCGCAGAAGAUUUUUCAGAUCAACACUAACGUUGUCUGUGCCUUGGCUGGCUUGUCGUCCGAUGCUUUGGCUUUGAUAAAGAAGGCUCGCGAGAUGGCGCAGAUCUACGAAGAGCACGUUAACGAGCCCAUGCCGUGCACAUCGGUCGCCACCCAGCUGUGUAAUGCGAAGCGGACCUACAUCGAGGCUGGGGGACUGCAUGUUUUCGCUGUCUCUAUACUCUAUAUGGGUUGGGACGCAAGGUACGGCUUUCAGCUGCGUCAGUCCGAGCCUUUUGGAUACCACUCGGAAUGCAUGGCCACGUGCGUGGGCAAGAACUCUAAUGUUGUCAUCAGCAUGCUGCAUGAGGAGCUGGCCGGCAAGGAGAAAAUCAUGCUGGAUGAGGCCAAGGAUGUGUUAGUCAAGGUGCUUGACAAGGCAGCCCCCGAUUUCAAGCCAGAGAACUUCGAGGUGGCCACCUUGCAGCGUGUGGGUGGCACUACAGUCUACGAAUUGUUCGAUGUCGCCGAAGAAGAGGAGCUCGUCCAGCAGACCUAGAUAAAUAAUUGCAGUCGCAUAUCAUCCACACAAAUGAAUU